AUGACAUGUUUCGAAAGACAAAGAGUAAUCACUGACAAGGUCUCCAGAUGGGUCGACCCUUCUUUCAUUUCAGCUUACAAGAAAUGGUGCUCCAACCACCACAUUCCAACAAACAUCGCCAUCAUCUCCCAAUACACUAAGGGCUACUGGCUGGGUGAUCCGCAAGCAGACUAUGUAAUGGUCUACUUCCACGGCGGAGGCUUCGCAUUCGGCGGAAAUGACGGGCAUCUGUUAUUCUGGGACGUCAUCAUCGAGAGACUGGCUAGUCGAAACGUGUCUCUGGGCGUAUUGUUUGUGGCAUACCCUCUGAUGCCGCAAGCGGUGUAUCCCCGUCAAUUUCAAGAGGCCGUCAACUCAAUACGAUACGUCCUUGAAGCUAUGAAACGCCCGCCUGGUCAAAUUAUGGUAGGAGGCGAUUCAGCUGGUGGGAACCUUGCAGUUGCGGCAAUGCUACAUGCAGCCCGUCCCUCCGAGCUGGCCCCUCCUCUGCCAGGAGUUUCAAUGACGGAAAAGCUGAGAGCACUCGUCCUACUAUCGCCAUGGGUCAGCUUUGACAUCUCUCUACACAGUUUUGAGCGAAAUCGGAACAAAGACUACCUGCAGGCGGAAACCGAGAAACGUUGGAGCGACCUGUACGUGGGUAGUCAAGAACCUUCACCAUACAAUGAGCCCGCUCGGGCCUCGCCAAGUGAAUGGAAAGAUAUUCCGGUACAAGACAUUCUCGUAACGGCAGGGUCCAAUGAAGUUCUGCUCGAUGGCAUCGAGAAAUGGGUGAAAGACCUGCAGGCUCACAAUUCGAAUGUCACAUACAAGGUGGCGAACGCAGAGCCUCAUGAAGCUCCCUUGACCUGGUCCAUUUUUGGGGAUCACCGCGAGACUGAAACACAGAGGAACGUUCUCGAUUGGCUGAAAGAUCAUGUCUGA